UGAUGAAGAUGAUCAGAAAGUAGAUUCUAAUAAAUUAAUGUCUAACUACAGAACAGACUGAUGAUGUUAGAUGAUGAAGAUGAUGAUGAUGAUGAUGAAGAUGAAGAUGAAGAGGAUGAGGAGGAUGAAGAGGAGGAAGAGGAUGAGCCGACACCCCUCCUCUUCCUCCUCUUCAUCCUCUUCCUCCACCACAUUGUUUGUUCUGCGGCUCCCGGCGAGCAGCCGCUUCCCUCCGUCUGCUGCCGCAACCGGCUACCGACUACCGGCUACCGGAGAGACAGACAGACAGACAGACAGACAGACAGACAGACAGACAGGCAGGCAGGCAGACAGACAGACAGACAGACAGGCAGGCAGGCAGACAGACAGACAGACAGACAGACAGACAGGCAGGCAGACAGACAGGCAGACAGAGAGACAGGCAGACAGACAGGCAGGCAGACAGACAGACAGACAGACAGGCAGGCAGGCAGACAGACAGACAGGCAGGCAGACAGGUGGUGUGGCGGUAGACGGGUUUAACGGUGACUGAUGGAUCCACCGGCUGGAACAUAACGGAGACAAAGACACAGCGAGACACAGACACCGAGAGACAGACAGGUAGACAGACAGGUAGACAGACAGGUAGACAGACAGACAGACGGUAUGACCGGAGCCACGCGCCGCUGGACCGACAGCCACGAGCUCAGGUAGCCCAGCGCUCAGGUGAGGCUGCUUGUGAUUGGUGGUUGCCAUGGUACCCAGGCCGUCGUCAGGGGAGCUGUGGGGGCUCCACCUGAUGCCCCCUCGCAUCCUGGUGGACUGCUGCCUGCCCAACGGGAUGAUGGUGAGUCUGGAGUGUCUCAGAGAAACUCCUCUCAUAAGCAUCAAGCAGCAGCUCUUCACUGAGGCCAGGAAGUACCCGCUCUACCACCUGCUGCAGGAGGAGUCGUGCUACAUAUUUGUGGGCGUGACCCAGGAGGCGGAGAGGGAGGAGUUUUAUGAUGAGACGAGGCGGCUGUGUGACCUCAGACUGUUUCACCCAAUCCUGAAGGUCAUCGAGCCGCUGGGAAACCGGGAGGAGAAGAUCUUGAACCGAGAGAUAGGGUUUGCCAUCGGGAUGCCGGUCUGUGAGUUCGAGAUGAUGAAGGACCCGGAGGUUCAGGACUUCCGCCGCUCCAUACUGAGCGUGUGCAGAGAGGCCAUGGAAGAGAGGGAGGGGGGAGGGGCCCACAGCCAGGCGCUCUACGUUUACCCCCCCAACCUGGAAUCCAGCCCCCAACUCCCCCAGCACAUCUACAGCAAACUGGACAAAGGGAGGUUGAUUGUGACCAUCUGGGUGAUCGUGUCUCCAUCCAACUCCAAACAGAAGUACACUCUGAAGGUGAGUCACGACAGUUUACCUGAGCAGCUGAUAGCCGAGUCCAUCAGGAAGAAAAGCAGAUCGAUGCACCUCUCACCUCAACAGCUCCACCUGUGUGUCCAGGAGUACCAGGGGCAGUACAUCCUGAAGGUGUGUGGCUGUGAUGAGUACCUGUUGGAGAAGUAUCCUCUCAGUCAGUACAAGUAUAUCCGCUCCUGUAUCAUAGUGGGUCGUCUUCCGCAUCUGAUGCUGGUCUCCAAAGACAGUCUCUACUCUCAGCUACCUGCCUCUGGCUUCGUCACACCUUCAUACAGUCGUCGGACUCCUCAGCCGUCUCCCUGUCCAGGAGGAGGUGAUGGUUCUCCUCCUCGCUCUCUGUGGGCCUUCAACACUCUGCUGAGGGUCCGACUGCUCUGCGCCACCUACGUCAACGUCAACAUCCGAGACAUCGAUAAGAUCUAUGUGAGGACUGGUAUCUACCACGGAGGAGAACCGCUCUGUGACAACGUCAACACUCAGAGAGUCCCCUGCUCCAACCCCAGGUGGAAUGAGUGGCUGGCCUAUGACAUCUACCUGGCUGAUCUCCCUCGCUCAGCCAGAAUCUGCCUGUCUAUCUGCUCUGUGAAGGGAAGGAAAGGAGCCAAGGAGGAGCACUGUCCCCUGGCCUGGGGCAACGUGAACCUGUUUGACUACACAGACAUCCUGGUCUCAGGUAAAGUGGCUCUCAGCCUCUGGCCGGUCCCUCAUGGCCUCGAGGACCUCCUGAAUCCCAUCGGAGUCGCCGGUUCGAAUCCCAACAAGGAGACUCCCUGUGUGGAGCUGGAGUUCUCCUGGUUCAACCAGACCGUCGUGUUUCCUGAUGAGCAGCAGAUAGAAGAACACGCCAACUGGACCAUCAGCAGAGAGCUGGGCUACAACUACUGCCACGGACUGAGCAGUCGUCUGGCCUGUGACAGCAGUGUUUCAGCGAGUGAUGCAGAGCAGCUUCGUUGUCUGUGUUCCAGGGAUCCUCUCUACGAGCUCUCAGAGCAGGAGAAGGACUUCCUCUGGAGGCACAGGCAUUACUGUGUAAAGAUCCCAGAGUCUCUUCCUAAGCUGCUUCUUUCCGUCAAAUGGAACUCCAGAGACGAAGUGUCCCAGAUGUACUGCCUGUUGAAGGAGUGGCCUCUGAUGGAGCCUGAAUCAGCUCUGGAGUUAUUGGACUGUAACUUUCCUGACCCGAUGGUGAGAGAGUUCGCUCUGCGUUGCCUCGUUCAGGGUCUGACUGACGACAAGCUGUCCCAGUACCUGCUGCAGCUCGUACAGGUGUUAAAGUACGAGAUGUACCUGGACAAUCCUCUGGCUCGUUUCCUCAUCAAGAAAGCUCUGACCAAUCAGAGGAUAGGACACUUCUUCUUCUGGCAUCUGAAGUCAGAGAUGCACAACAAGACGGUGUCCCGCCGCUUCGGUCUGCUGCUGGAAGCUUUCUGCAGAGCCUGUGGGAUGUACCUGAAACACCUGAACCGACAGGUGGAGGCGAUGGAUAAACUGGUGAAUCUCACCGACACCCUGAAACAAGAGAAGAAGGACGAAACACAGAAAACUCAGAUGAAGUUCCUGGUUGAACACAUGUCCCGUCCAGAUUACAUGGAGGCUCUUCAGGGAUUCGUCUCGCCUCUGAAUCCUGUUCACCAGCUGGGGAACCUCAGGCUGGAGGAGUGCCGCAUCAUGUCGUCGGCGAAGCGCCCCCUGUGGUUGAACUGGGAGAACCCCGACAUCAUGUCCGAGCUACUCUUCACCAACAACGAGAUCAUCUUCAAGAACGGAGACGACCUGCGUCAGGACAUGCUGACUCUGCAGAUCAUUAAGAUCAUGGAAAACAUCUGGCAGAACCAGGGCCUGGACCUGCGCAUGCUGCCGUACGGCUGCCUGUCCAUCGGUGACUGCGUCGGUCUGAUCGAGGUGGUGAAGAACAGUUUCACCAUCAUGCAGAUUCAGUGUAAAGGAGGUCUGAAGGGAGCGCUGCAGUUCAACUCCAACACCCUGCACCACUGGAUCAAAGACAAGAACCGGGGAGACGGGUAUGACCGGGCCAUCGACCUCUUCACCAGGUCGUGUGCAGGUUACUGCGUAGCGACGUUCAUCCUGGGAAUCGGAGACCGACACAACUCCAACAUCAUGGUGAAGGAGAACGGACAGCUGUUCCACAUCGACUUCGGUCACUUCCUGGAUCACAAGAAGAAGAAGUUUGGCUACAAGAGGGAGCGCGUGCCCUUCGUCCUGACUCAGGACUUCCUCAUCGUCAUCAGUAAAGGAGUCCAGGAGUCCACCAAGACCAAGGAGUUUGAGAGGUUCCAGGAGAUGUGUUAUAAAGCCUACCUGGCCAUCCGACAGCACGCCAGCCUCUUCAUCAACCUCUUCUCCCUCCUGCUGGGCUGCGGCAUGCCCGAACUGCAGAGCUUCGACGACAUCGCCUACCUGAGGAAGACCCUGGCUCUGGAGAAGAGUCAACAGGAAGCGUUGGAGUAUUUCACCAAACAGAUGAACGACGCUCAUCACGGAGGCUGGAGCACCAAGAUGGACUGGAUCUUCCACACCAUCAGACACAUGCCCAACGAACACUGAUAUAUAUAUACUCUCUAUAUAUAUAUAUAUAUAUAUAUAUAUAUACUAUAUAUAUAUAUAUACACCAUCAGACACAUGCCCAACGAACACUGAUAUAUAUAUACUCUAUAUAUAUAUAUACACACACACUGUGUGUAUUUACUGCACUAUUGUGACGAUGACGAUGUGGACGAUGAUGAAGGUGUCUGUUGUUGGUUUUAGUAUCAUGACAUCGUCUUGGUGGGAUGGUUGUCAUAGCAACAUGAAACUCAGGGUCACAGGUCAGAGGGGUGGUUUAGGAUGCCAAAGGCAUGCUGGGAGAAGACGAUGAUGAUGAUGAUGAUGAUGAUGAUGAUGUCGUUAAUGUCUUCCAGUCGGUGCUACAGUUAGCCUGUUAGCCUGUUAGCUCUGGUCGCUGCUCUCUUUGUUACUGUAGCAUUUGAACAUUUGAAUCAAACUUUAUUGAGACGCAGCUGCAACUUUAUUAACUGUUUGUUGGGAGGAUUUGAAUGAAGCCAGCUUUAUUGACACCAGCAUCGUGAACACUGUGUGUCACUGUGAGAGCAAUAAAACCUCCAAUACCUGAUCAAUUCAUUGAUGAUGACAAUCAGGAGUUCUGACCAAUAGAAAGGCUGAGUUGAGCUGUGGGCGGAGUCACGGUGCUCAGAUCAGACCAAACUAAGCGAUCAAGACUGUGAACACGAAGAGUUUACGAACUGAAUCCAGAUCAGCCGAGUUUAAACCGUCGUCACUAACAUGUUCAGACAAUCACAGUACUGCAGUACUAGCUAGUACUGCAGUACUGCAGUACUAGCUAGUACUGUAGGAGCUGAUCUGUAGUCAGUUUCAACGGGUUUCUACUGAAACAACAUAUCAACUCUUUAUCAGGGAUCAAAUUCUUUCCACGACAAUCUGAACUAAUCGGCUGCUCGUUAGCCGUUAGCUCAAUCAGGUCUUCGUUAGCCUCGAGAGCACGGUGUCUGAUCAACCAUGCUAGGCUAGCUGUUAGCAUGUUAGCUGAUCCGUAGUUAGUCGUUAGUUAGCUGAGCUGUUGCACUGGAACAAUGAAUCAUGGGUAGUGUAGUUAGUGUAGCAUCAGUGGAAGCUCCGCCCCCUUCUGUUCCACUGGCUGACAGCCACCAGGGGGGCGGGGCUACACUCUGACGGGUUAAAGGGUGACGACGCCCAUUUGUAAUGUGAAGGUUUGUGUUUCUGCUCUGGCCAGAGGUCGGUCUAAGCCCCACCCACACAUCGGUAACCACGACAACCUGACCCCGCCCCAUUUAGUGAUUUAUGACAUCACCGGCUGUGCUGGUUACCAUAGUGACUGAAUAUGUGGAACGGAGCAGAUGUGAUGUGUUUUUUUUUCCAUGUGAAUAUAAUUGAUUGAUUUUAAACUGAUGUGUUGAUGAUUGAUUGAUUGAUGUGUUUAACACUGAUGACGAAUGAUGUGAUCAGUUUCAUCGUGUUGAGUAUUGAUUAGUCUCCUCAAAGACACUUUUUUCUAAAACAAAAAGGAGACGACAUAUCGAGGACACGCCGCAGACAGGUUCGGCCAAUCAGAGGGCCCGUACAGCCUCCACGCCCAUAUAUGGAGAUGAAGAUUUGUUUCUAAACUGGGCGGAGCCUGUCCUGACAAAACUAUGAAGAAGCACUUAUUGAUCUGUGACUGUCGCUAUUGUCAUGGAUUAUCAUGUCUUUUCAAAAUAAAAGCUCAACAGGUGUGCUGUUGGGUUGGUGACCUUCAGGUAAAACUCA